CAAUGACCAGCCUUAGCCUAGUACCACUGCAGUCAUUCAUUCAGAAUGCAACAUGUUAUCCGCCCACUCAACAUCGCAUUGAAUGCUAACAGAAAAUACAGAUACCUGGCUCCUGAAGUUUCUGUGGACCACCUUGUAGUCGGUGCGGGUGUGGUCGGUCUUGCUGUAGCCCAGAGGCUCUGCGAAAAUUUCCCCUCCAAGUCCACUUAUGUUAUUGAGAGACACACUCGCCCUGGAGAAGAAAUUAGCUCUCGUAACUCAGAGGUCAUUCAUUCAGGGCUCUACUAUCCGCCAGAAUCUUUUAAGACUCUGCUCUGCAUCCGAGGACGCGACUUGUUGUAUCAGCGUUGUCAUGCUCAUCACAUACCACACCGAAAAGUAGGAAAGCUCGUGGUCGCUACCAAAGAGCAACGAUCGUAUAUCGAGAAUCUCUACCAGAAGUCAAUUUCACUGAAAUGGCCUCCAUUGACACCAUCAUCUGAAACGAAACCUGCUCUGCCUACGAAACUGAUUUCGGGAGAUGAAGCGCGCAUGUUAGAACCAGACCUGUCUCCAGAUAUUGUGGCCGCACUGUGGUGCCCAGAAACGGGAAUAAUAGAUUCACAUUCUCUGAUGGAGAGCCUCGAAAAAGAGAUUAUCGACUCUGAGAAUGGGGAAUUGGCCUAUGCGACGCAAGUCGUGCGAUUGGACCGCUCUGAAGGAAAGGAGGAUAGUGGAUGGAUAGUACAGACUGUAACCGGGGAUGGGAACAUACAAGAACCUAACGCUAUCCUGGCUCGAACCUUGAUCAAUGCAUCGGGUCUUUCAAGCACCUUCAUUCUUAAUUCUAUCCUGCCACCAGAACAGCGUAUUCCAAUUUUUUACGCUCGGGGGUCUUAUGUUUCCUACAAGGGACCAGGGAUUUCUGAGGUUUCACAUCUAAUAUAUCCAUGCCCUGAAACAGGGCCCAACGCACAUGCCUUCCAGUCAUUAGGGACACAUCUCACUCUCGAUUUGAAUGGUAAAGUUCGAUUUGGUCCAGACAUUGAAUGGAUAUCACCUCCGAGUGAUAACCCUUCGCACAUGGACUUUUGGACGAAGUGUCUAGUUCCAUCCGACUCUAGGACUAAGCAGAUGCAUCAAGCGGUGACCAAAUACCUGCCCGACGUGCUGCUAGAUAACAUGCAGCCUGACUAUGUGGGGAUUCGGCCGAAACUAGGGCCUCCAGGAUCAGAUUUUCAAGACUUCGUGUUCCGAAAAGAUUUUGCUAGAGAUGGGAGGAUGAACAGUGGGCGGAUGUUUAGCCUCUUAGGAAUAGAAAGCCCGGGAUUGACUUCCAGUCUUGCGAUCGCGGAGUACAUUGUGCAAGAGAUGUUGUAG